GGUACAGUGGGUGGCGGUAUACAAUUUAAACCCUGGUUGCCAGUGAUCCAACCUAAGAGGAGGAAGAAGAGGUAGAAGAAGGAAAACUGGACAGAAGCUGAUCUACUUGUAACCAAGAAAAUGGACACACGGUUCACUCGAGGGAAAUCCACCAUCUUGGAGCGGCCCCUGACCCGACCCAAGACUGAAGUCAGCGUGAGCGCCUUUGCCCUCCUGUUCUCUGAGAUGGUCCAGUACUGUCAGAGCCGUGUGUACUCUGUGUCCGAGCUGCAGACACGCCUGGCAGACAUGGGCCAGAGUGUAGGGGCCAGCAUGCUGGAUGUGCUGGUGCUGAGAGAGAAGAACGGGAAGAGAGAGACCAAAGUGCUGAACAUGCUGCUCUUCAUCAAGGUUAAUGUGUGGAAGUCUUUAUUUGGGAAAGAGGCUGACAAGCUGGAGCAGGCCAACGAUGAUGACAAGACUUAUUACAUCAUAGAAAAGGAGCCACUUAUCAACGCGUACAUCUCUGUCCCCAAAGAGAACAGCAGCUUGAACUGCGCUGCCUUCACUGCUGGAAUCGUGGAGGCCAUCCUCACACACAGCGGCUUCCCUGCCAAGGUCACGGCCCACUGGCACAAAGGCACCACGCUCAUGAUAAAGUUUAACGAGUCCGUCAUAGCCAGGGACAAGGCUUUGGAUGGCAGAUAAAAAAAGACUGCAGAGAGUGGCUGGUUAUGUUAAUCAAUACAGGAUGAGGAUAAAUUGUCCAGGUCCAGGCUUGUGUUUGUUCCUGAAGUGUGCGUGAUUAUGACUGAAUUUCUUUGUGGUAACUGAUGAGAUGACAACUUUGUGGACGGAUGAAUGAAUAACUGCAACGUACUGAGCCACGUCUAGACCAGGAAAGAUGCAGCUAAUUGGUUCAAUCUUCCGGGUUUUUGUGGAUCAUCUCACUCCUGUUAUACCUCAUGAAGUGACACAAAUUAGUUUGCUGUAGAUCAGUUUUAAAUUUGUUGUUUCAUGUCACAUUUUUACAUCACAGAUCAUUCAUACUUUUGACUUUUUUUCAUGCCCAAAAGAUCAACACAUUUAAUUAAAUGAACUUUAAUUAAAUGACAUGACCAUGGGCUAGAAAAUUGUGAUAGGCCUUUGACACUAUUUUCCAGCUUUUUAGAGACUAAACAAUGAAUCCGUUCAUCCAAAAAAUGAGCAGAUUAUCCCUGGUGUUGAUAAUGUUAUUAAAAAUUAUUGUCAUACCUCUUUACCUCUUUAUUUUACAGAUAGAGGUUCAGACUGUUUUUUUCUUUUAUUUCAUCCCAGUUCAACUGCAGCUACAUGUUUAAUCUCUGUAAAAUAGAUGCACAGUCAGAGCCAUAGCUACUUGAAGACACUGAUGUUAUGUCCUCAUUGUUUUUUAUCAUAUCUGUAUUAUUAUUUUAUUUCAUUUGUUUUGUGUCUGUGCGUGCAUGCAAAUUUGAGGGUAUAACAUGGAGGAGUUUACAUUCUACAGACAGAAACUUAAUAAGCCAACUCCAAUAUUUUCUAGACUAAACGUGUUGUUUACUACUUUGAAGGCAAAAAAACAAAACAAAAAACUAUAAAUACUGUACAUACAUUUUAUUCCUUGUAGUGUGGACAUGGUAGACCAUCAUGUUGGAAAGUAACAUUUACAGAAAAUAUAAUCAAACAGUCAGCAGAGUAAAAUAUUUUGUUUGUACCUGGUGACCAAGUGGUUAAGAUGCAUUACCAUGUGUCCAGUUUGACUCCAGCUAUGGAAUUUUUAUAUCUCUUUCUCUCACUUCCUGUCUGUUUCUAUGCUGUUUUAGAAAAAAAGAAAGAAAAAACUUCUAAAUAGUUUGUCAUUUUGGACAACGUGCUUAUUUGUAUUGUAAAAACUGACUAGCAUCAGAUGAGACAAUAGUAAAUAUGAAGCUACAGCCAGCAGUCGGUUAACUUAGCUUAGCACAAAGACUGUAAAUGGGGAAACAUCUAUCCUGGCUGUGCCUGAAAGUAUUAAGGUCCACUUUACAGCCCCUGCAAACCUCACUAGUUAAAACGUUAUAUCUGGGAGUUAUGAGCCAGGCUGCCUGUUUCUCUGUUUCCAGUCUUUGUGCUGACUGUAGCUUCAUAUUUACUAUACAGAUCAGACAGUGGUAUCAGGCUUCUCAUUCAAAUUUUUUGCUGAUGGUAUAUUUCCAAAAAUGUCAAACUAUUGAUUAAAAAAAAGGUUUCUGAGGGUAAUGGAGGGUGUGCUGGGAGGCUCAUGACUUCAGUAUAUCAGGUUACGGUCCUGCUUAUAAUGUGUUUCCUGUGCUUAUUAUUAAUAAUGGCACUGUAUGUGUCUGUUAAUCUUAAAUAAAACUGUUUUAAACAUGA